AUGCAUAUAAAUGAGCCGCUACCCUUGAUAGAGAGGCCCAGGCUCUUCGAGGACCCCCUUGACGACGGUGAAGACAAGAGACCUCAAACCAUCUUCAACUCACCCCACAUGGAAUUCUAUGGCUACGCUAUUAUUGCAUAUACCUGGAUGCUAUUCAUGGUCACAUGCAAUACUCUCUUCGAAACGUGGAGGUACUUGCUAGCACCUAUGGCCAGAUCGACGCUGCCAGGGAUCAGAGAGAAGUAUCUCUUGCUCGAGAAGAUAUUCACAACGCUCGACAGAUACGUACUCAGUCUAUGGUGUGUGUACGUGGUUGCAUGGUGGUGGUCGUUUAUUUCCUGGUGGGGAAUCAAGUUGUUCCGACAUUCCAAGGGGUCUCAAGAGGACUAG